AUGAAACCAAUACAGGGUGGUUACAGAUAUGAUGGAGGGCCUAAACAAGGUUGGAAGUGGAUGAGCUCUAGAGCUGUGAAGUGGAUAAAAGGGAAGAUCAGACUAGACCAGAGAUCAGUUGUGAAGGAUGAUGGAAGAAUAAUGGUUGAUCUUCAGCUUUCUGGCUCGUGCAAUGGCUUGAUAGUCAUACCAGUCCCUGAAGUCGAGCCUCUUAGGCGGAAGCACCAGUCUUCGUGUGCAUUAUGCUGUUCAUUUAGUGGAAAGGAUGUGCUGUUUAUAAAAGUGGCCAUCUUGCGGCAGUCAAGGCGCCCGGCUAGCGGUGCGACGUACACACUGGUGGAUAUUUUGCGUGCCAUCUUACUUUCUUUAGAAGCUAUGAUUGAAGAUCCUGAGCUUCAGGUGAAUGGAUUUGUUUUGAUCAUAGACUGGAGUAACUUCACCUUCAAGCAAGCCUCCAAACUUACACCAAGCAUGCUGCGAUUGGCUAUUGAAGGCCUUCAGGAUAGUUUCCCAGCACGAUUUGGAGGAAUUCAUUUUGUCAAUCAACCAUGGUAUAUCCAUGCCCUGUACACCGUGAUCCGACCUUUCCUAAAGGAGAAGACUCGGAAAAGGAUAUUUUUGCAUGGUAACAACCUGAACAGUCUACACCAACUAAUUCAUCCCGAGAUCCUGCCUUCUGAGUUUGGAGGAAUGCUGCCCCCUUAUGACAUGGGAACAUGGGCAAGAACACUGCUAGACCAUGAGUAUGAUGAUGACAGUGAAUACAAUGUAGAUUCCUACAGCAUGCCCGUGAAGGAGGUGGAAAAGGAACUCUCCCCCAAGUCCAUGAAGAGAUCCCAAUCAGUAGUGGAUCCUACAGUAUUAAAACGCAUGGAUAAAAAUGAGGAAGAAAACAUGCAACCUUUGCUAUCUCUGGACUGAUAACUUCUCUGCACUCCCCAUGGAUUAGAAAUGGAAGGUACUUGUUUUCAGCAACAGGGACAGCACUGUGGAGUAAUGACCAGCUGGAAACUUAUUUAUUCAUGUUAAUGUAGCAUAAUAUAUAAUAAGGCAUUGGGUUUCCCAUUUGCUUGAACCAUGGGUGCCCUGGUCUGGAGUUAAAGAAAAAAGUCAAUAAUUUAUUCUGUAAGUGCCAAGUUCUUUGUAAAUAUAAUCUAAUCUUCACAUCAAGUUUGUAAACUUUGGUAGUAACUGAAAUUGGAAAAGUUUGGCUCAUGAGUCCAUGCCAGUGAUAUAAACUAUAACAAAAAACAGAAAAGACACAUACAAAAUGGAAGCUAAUUAAAUGUAGCCCUGUUUCCUAUGAAGCCAUAUUUCAGCUCUCAUAGUGAUUGUUUCAAUGUUUUUCUCUGAAAUUGUCAUAUUCCAAUGUACUUUUAAUGGACACAGGUAACUAGAUGAUUCUAGGAAAUUAGUAUGAUAAAUGUGUUUCCUGUCUAGUGAUUUUCAUUUCACAGAAAAUGUGUCCUAGUGACUAUCACUGGCCUUGAAUUUUGGAGACAAGGAAUGGCAGAAGAGCUGGUAAACUAAACACUUGAACUCUUCUAUGUUGUUUAAUUCCUGGAGUCUUGUGAAAAGAUAUGUUCCCCAAAUUAAGAUGUGGCAUUCUAAAAGAGAGUGGAUUUUUUUAAACUGCUGUCUUCAUAAUGUGUCUUUUAUUUGAGAUCCUAUUGUAUCCAUGUCUGAUGUACUUUAAGAACAUUUCCCCCCCAAAACUCUUCGACCAAGAGAAAGAGAACUCAUACGUGAAUAGUGUUUUGACAACUAACUUUGGACAUAAAAGUUGCCAUGUACAGAUAAGGGGCUAAUUUCUAAUUCUUGUGCACUGGUUGGAAAUAUAUAUAUAUUCACAUGCACAUAUAUAUUUUUAUUGAGCUCUAAUAAAUCCUUGAUGUGACAGGCUUAUAAAAUAAAUCAUACAUAUUCAAUGGUCUUAGAGAUGUUAUAAAUAAUUAUGUGAGAUGCUAACUCUGGAAAACUACUUCCACUAAAGUUAAUGAAAAUGAGGUAUAGUGAAACAGACUUUCAGUGAACCUGUUUUAAGGGAAUUCUAAUUUAAUUUGUAAUGCAAUCUUGAAUCUGUGUCAUUUUAGUGAAAUAUAUUUUUCCUUCACAAAACAACAGGUCUCAACAUAAUGUGGGCAGUAUCAGGUGACCAAGAGUAAUAUAAUUUCUCACAAAUUCAAGGUAAUUAUCUUAAUGAUCCUAUAAGUACAGAUUUUCUUUUCAGAAAAGAUUGAAAGAACAUAUUGCAUCCAUAAGACAUAGUGAAAGCAUCUGAGGGCAUCUGAGAUAGCAUGUUAUAGUUUAAAUGUAGAUGUGGAAUGCUUAUGUUAGUUUUCAUUUCAUAAAAAUUCUGCAAUUAUAGCACAUUUUAAAAAUCUUACUUUAAAUUUCAAAUUCCAGUGUGAAAAAGCAAGAUUUUUACCACCUUUUCAGAGUGGUAAUUUUUGAGAUUGAAAAUAUUCUUUUGAAAGAAAAAUAUCUCAAGGAACUCUUGGAAACCAACAGAAAUAAAGGCACGUAGCAGCCUUUAUAUACUUUUUAGCCAAAAGCUUCAAAAAUUCCAGUUACAAUUCUAUACAAAACUCUUAAUAUCAAGAUCAGUACACCAACCUGUACUAUCACGAAUGGACUACCAGUGUUUGUAAAAAUACAUAAAUAUACAUAAAUAAUAUGAUUGAAAUAUACCUUAAAAAUGCCAACCUCAAAUCAAGUCUGGAAGAAUAACUGUCAGGCCCUCUGCUCUACCCAUAAAUAUUAUGGAGAUUGGAAUGAAUUGGGGGUAAAAAGCUACAACAACUCUUACCUUUGUAAGAACCCUAACCACAGGAUUCUUAUAUUUUGGCCUACCUGACAUAUAUUUGAUAGUCUUGGACUUUAUAUACUAUAGAAGCAAGUGCUAGGCAAUAUGAUGCAGUAAGAUAAAAUAGAAACAAUGUACAGAAGGAUGGUCAACUUUUCAUUCUCAUGUGUUUCUCUUGAUAUACACUGUUUAUUGCCAAUUUUUAGAAUUCUACCAGCUUCAGAUGUCAACCAGCAUAGCCAGCUUCUUUCCCCUCUCAUAAGGCUAGUGUCAUAUAUAAAAAUAACCAGAAGGGCAUAUUGUAUGUGUAUACCUAUCUAAUUAUAAGUAUGAUUCCCACUAUCUCCCUUACCCGACAUUUGGAAAUUUUGCAUCCUAUUGCUGUCCGUCUGCUCUUCUUCAAAUGAGCAACUGAGAGUUGGCUGCAUUGUGUAAAAUAUUUUUAAAUGAAUGAACAAAUUACAACAAUGAUGCCUUUUGAAAUUGCUUUAUCUAGCUCAAUCUGUGAGUAAACUCAUUGUCCAGGAAUGUUUUUGGAGCUACUUAGUCAAAGGAUAUUUGGUCAACUUUAUAAAUCUUCCUUUCAGCAUCAGCUAACUAGCACCAUUUAGGGAUUUUUUUCCCCUAAUGUAAUUUCCUGUUACGUAGCUAUGUCUGUUGCCACAUAACUUAGUAAAUAAGCACUCCUAUAUGUCAAUUAAUUGUGAUAGUGCUCUCUUUCACUCUUUCUCUUUUGUGCGUACAUAUGCGUGCAUACACAUGGCUGUUUGCCCUAAUGAAUUUGCCUAUUUUGAGACCUAUGCUUUCCUUUUGUAGCUGUCUUGUUACCGAAAAUAUGUAGACAUCAAAGGAUUACCACAUUUGAUUUAGAACAGACCAAUAGUUCCUGCUUCUCUCACCCUGCCUGUUCUGCUCUUUCUUAUAUCCUUUCUUUCUUCCGUUGUUUCAGGGGCAGCUGCUUCCAAAGCUGGUUUAAAAAUAACUAACUUUCCUUUUACUGUCAGUGAUAUUUGCACACAUUUUUGCUUGAUAUCUUAAAAGGAAGAGAUUAUCGUGAAAAUACACUCUAAGAAAUAUGAAGAAGUGCCUCUUUAAGAACGAGAUAAAGCAGUGAUACUAGAAUAUGGAUUCUAUUUGUAGUCUCUUCUGAAAAGUAAAUACAUGCAUCUAAAUAAGGGUGAAAUAUGAGUAUCAUUUGAAGAAGGGUAGUUGAGGCCUUGCUUUGAACAUUCCCCUACAGCAUUAAGUCUUUAUUGUGUCAGUUCAAUACCAUAACUUGAACACAUUUGCAAAUUUGGCAUUACGCUAAAACAAUGUACAGGUGUUUGCAAGGAAAUUUUUGAAGUGGGCAUACAUGAUCUCUUUUAUUUCAAUAAUAGUUUGUGUAGUGUAGGCAGACAUUCCUUAAGUCUUUUCACAGAAAAUGCUUGUUUACUUGACAGGACUGAAAAUUCAUACAUUCGUAAGCAGGAAAGCCAAGCAGCUAGGUUCUCUUUGACAUUGUUAACUGGGUCACAUUGUUAAAUUGAACAUUUGAAGUUUCUGUAAUAUUCCUGAGGGAUCAGAGGUCCCUCUGAUGCAUCAAGAAAAUGGAGCACUGUUUUAGACCUUGGGGAACAUGUUUACCUCUCACAAAA